AUGGCGCAAAUCGGCAGCCGCGAGCUCAUCUACACCGUGGCCGGCAUCCUGCUGGCGGUGCUCCUGGCCUCGGCCUUUCGCACCCCCGUCAUCCGUCGCCACGGUGUCCCCCUCCGGAAACCACCAAACACACUGCCACUGCUGGGUAAUGGCAUCCUCUUCCUGCAAGCACGCCAGAAGCUGUUCGCAUGGUUCGUCAAGUGCCAGCGCCAGUUUUCCUACGAGACCUUCCAGGUCGCCGUGCCCACGCUGCCCCCGGGCGUUGUCAUCAACGAUCCGCGCAACCUCGAGUUCAUCUUCAAGAACGAGGGCAGCCUCAUCGGCAAGGGCAGCUUCGUCCGGGGCAUGCUCUGGGACCUGUUUGGCCACGGCAUCGUCAAUGCCGACGGCGACGUCUGGCGCACCCAGCGCAAGGCCGGCCUGAGUUUCUUGAACACGGCCAACAUCCGCGUCCUCACCGACAUUGCCCUGCCGCAGUAUUUGGCCGACACGCUGCGCCAUUUGCGGGUGCAGGCAGAGACGGACGAGCAGCCAGUUGACCUGCAGGCCGUCUUCCACGAGCUCACCUCGUGCAUCAUGGGCCGCAUGGCCUACAACAUGGAGAUGCAUGCCGACGACGAGUUCACCAUGGCCUUUGACUACGCGUCGGGAGCGACUACCGAGCGCUUCCAGAAUCCGCUGUGGUUCAUCACCGAGGCCAUUGCCGGCGCGGCCGACCUCCGCAGAGCGCUGGCCGUCGUGAAGGCCUUUGGCCGCCGCAUCGUAUCCACGGCCGUGGCCGACCGCGCAGCCCAGCAUGGGGGCAAAACUGCGUCCUUGUCACAGUCUCCCCUCACAUCCACAGACGCCGGCAGCAGUCUCGCCGACAGCAAAAUCAACGAGGUGUCGGGCAGUCUUAUCCAGUCGCUGCUCGAUGCCAUUUCAGACCAAGAGAUUGUCGCCGAUGCCGCGCUCAACUAUUUGUCCGCAGGACGUGAUACGGUCGCGCAGGGCCUGACAUGGACGUUUUAUAUGCUCAUGAAGCACCCCGACGUUGUCGACAAGAUCCGCCACGAGGCCAGGGGCGUGCUCUUUGCAGACUACGACGGCAGCGACAGCCGCAACAACACCAACCACAGCGACAACGGUGUCGACGACAGUAGCCGAGACUUUGCCCGCCUCACACCCGCCGCCAUGCCCUACACCAUGGCCGUCUUCUACGAGGGCCUGCGCCUCUUUCCCCCCAUCCCCUUUGAAAUUAAGCAGGUCGAGACCGCGUGUCUCGUCCUCCCCGACGGCACCGAGCUCCACCGCGGGGCCCUCGUCAUCUGGUGCUCCUGGGCCAUGAACCGCGCCCACCGUACCUGGGGCGCCGACGCCGACGAGUUUCGCCCCGAGCGGUGGCUGCAGCCGUCUGGCACAGAUGCUGGCGGCCCGCAGCGCCUCGUCGCGCGCAGUGCGUCCGAGUUCCCCGUCUUUCACGGCGGUCCGCGCACGUGCCUGGGCAAGAAGAUGGCCGAGUCCGUGGCCGUGCAGACCAUGGCCGCCGUCGCCUACUACUUUGACUUUGCGCUGGUGGACCCGAGUGUGGAGCGCGUCACCAAGACGAGCUUGACGCUGCCUAUGGAGGGUGGAUUGCCGUGUUACGUGCGGGCACGGGACGUUUGA